AUGGAGACACCCAAGCAGAGCCUCUCUGACUUGGCUGUAAUAGUCUCCAACCUAUCCAAGAUCUAUCAUAGUUUCAUGGCUAAAACUAGAUCUUCCAUCCGGAACUUGGAGAUACAAGUUGGACAGUUGAGCAAGAAGAUCCCAAAGAUCCCUUCAAACACUUUUCCAAGUAACACAGAGGUGAAUCCAAAGAAAGAGUGCAAGACCCUCAUGGCAGAGGUGGUAACCGAACCCAAAGAGGAGCCUGCUGUUGAGAAGCUCAAGGAAAUCAAAGCUCAUGAGGAGACUGACACAGUUACCUUGCACGCCCCUUUGCUAAGAGAAGAAUCUGGAGAAUACUCUUCUUCAGAAGAUGAUGAGGAGUCCAAGGAAGAAAAAAUUGCUCGGUUCCUGGCCAUCCUCAGGAAGCUGAAAGCAAACUCCUCUCAUACAGAGGCGUUGGAAGAGGAAGAUGGGCCUGUGGUACUGGCCAAGGAGUGUGAUGCCUUGGUCCAAAAGAAGCUUCCUGAGAAGCUCUCAGAUCCCAGAAGUUUCUUGAUUCCCUGUACUAUAGGGACCAUCACCUUUGAGAAGGCACUAUGUGACCUUGGCUCAAGCAUCAAUCUGAUGCCUCUGUCUUUAAUGAAGAGGCUAGGAAUUCUAGAGGUGCAGCGUGCCACAAUCUCAUUGGAGAUGGCAGAUAAGACCCUAAAAAGGGCAUAUGGUAUGGUGGAGGAUGUCUUAGUAAAGGUUGAAGACCUUUACAUCCCUGCUGACUUUGUGAUUCUAGACACAGGGGAGUACAGAGAUGAAUCCAUCAUCCUUGGAAGGCCUUUCCUAGCCACUGCUAAGGCCUUAAUUGAUGUGGAAAGAGGCGAGCUAGUCUUAAGAUUACAUGAGGAUUUUAUCUUGGUUCAAGAUACUCAACCCUCAGUCUCCCUCUAA